GCAUUAUUGUUUGGAUUACCAUUCGAUUUAUUUAUUCUCUGACAUUUGAUAUGGCGAACAAUAUGGCUUAUCAUUGUUAAAAUUUUACUAAACAAGCUUUCCAUUAAAAGAUUCUAAUGUUUCAGUGAUACAAUGAUUUAUUUUGAAAUAAUAUUGUCAUCUUGUUCUUUCACUAUUAGUAUGCGUACCUGAUACUUAUGAUAUUCCAUAUAGGUGAAGCGUAUCAUAUCAUGGCCUCGUCAAAUAGAAGAAUUCAAAUCGGUUCUGCUUGGUUUCAAACAAAGAUUAACCUAAGACCACAGCGCCGAGGUAUUCAUCACGUUACCGAGGAAAUUUUAAGAAGAAUUCCCGAACUCUGCGAAUUUUCAGUUGGACUUUGUCAUAUACAAAUUCUUCAUACAUCAGCAAGUUUAGCACUAAAUGAAAAUUGGGAUCCAGAUGUUAGAGAUGAUGUAGAAAUGAUGCUUAAUAAAAUAGUUCCUGAAGGUUUGGCCUAUAGACACAGUUGUGAAGGACCAGAUGAUAUGCCAGCACAUGUAAAGGCAUGUUUUCUGGGCUCUUCAUUGAGUAUUCCAAUUACUGAUGGCAAGUUGACUUUGGGUACAUGGCAAGGAAUUUGGUUGUGUGAACACCGUAAUGAUGCUGGAAGUCGUAAAGUAGCUAUUACAUUGACUGGUUGUCUCAGGGAUCCUGCACGUAGUCCUUUGAGUCCUGUUAGUCCUAUUGCUUCUACUAGCAGCUAGGACCACUCACACCCCCAAAGACGUAGCAAACGUCAGCUGCGCAUAUCUACAUCCAGUGAUUCAAGCUAGCAGCUGCUUAUCUUUAGUCAUUUUUUAAGAGUUUAAUUCAGAAAAGAGUGUAUGGAUACUUUAAAAAUAUUUAUAGAUAUUGCAUUUUCUUAUAUCUACUAUCACAAAUUUUAAACAUCUUUUAUAAUGACAUAAUUUAAAAUCAUAAAAUUAUAUUUAUUAUCAUUCUUAACAUUAUUUCAUAUUUUCUUUUAUUUUUUUAUAUUCACAUAGUAUAUUUAUAAUUUAUAUUAUUUAAAUGAGCAUGUCAAUAUUUAGUAUACAUUUCAUGACUUUAUUUAGAUUAAAUUCAGUUAACAGUAACUAUCCAAAAAUGUUGUUCAUUAAAUACACAAUGUUGUUCAGUACUUAUAAACUGCCAAGGCAAUUGUAUAUUACAAGCAUUCAGAAAUAAAUAUAAACGAAUUACAAUACAAGUAUCCUGCACUCUUCUUUAUUACUCUUAGAAAAUUAAUGUAAUGCAUUCCAAUAUAAUGCGUCCAAUAUUCCGAAUUUAAUUACAUAGCUUUAUUUAAAUAAUUCUUUUGUAAAAAAAAGAUUAAUAAGGAAAAUGGCAUUAAUAAUUGCUCAACUGAGAUCUUGCAUGAACAUUUUUAUAAUAUGUAAGAUAAUCUCAGUUUGGGUAUGUGCAAUAUGUUAUAACUUUCUAACUCACUGCUUAUCAUAGGGUAGAUAUUUUUAAUGACGUUUCCAAUGCAUUUGGGGGUGUAUAUAGGUUACAAUCAACACUUCUUUGCUGUGCUAAUAUACUUCUGCUAGAGAUAUUCACAUAAAUUAUAAUAAUAUAAUAAUAUAUAUAAUAACAUGUGGGCAAGUCAGUAUGAAAGUAGAACAAUUAAAAAAAUCAUCAAAUUAUGCAAAUAAUGAUUUAGACUUAUUACAUUAUUAUUAAAUAUUUACUCAUAAAAAAUAUUCUAGAAAUCUUAAUUAAUAAUUGAAACAUGAAAUGUCAUCUAGGAAUGUAGCACUGCAAAGAGUUGUAAAAUUAUUUACAAUGUUACUAAAAUAACCAAAGCUUAUCAUGGGAGCUUGUUGACGUAUCUAAUGUACUGUUAAGCAAGCAGUCGAUGUUAGUUGUUAAUCUUUCUCAUAUAUAGUAUAAAUGGUCGUCCAUUAUGAUUAAUGAAAUAUGCUUUAAUGUGAGGUAUCCAAUGCAAUUCAUAUAAUUAAAAGCUUAAACAUUAAAAGCUCAAAAAUAACACUAUCAAAAAUUAUAAUAAAUUUUUACUAAAUUAUAAUUUUUUUGCUCGUAAAAAAGUUAUGGAACAAGUUCGUAUAUUUAAACUAUAAAUUCAAUUAUAAUUCUGUUAAUGUGCUCAAUAAGACAAAUUCUUAAAUAUGUAAAAUUUAUAAAUAUAAUGAAAAAUAAUUAUAAUAUCCAAGUUUA